GAUUUUCUUAUUGCAAUUUUCUUGCUCCCUUUUGGGACUUUUCCAGUGCCUUUUACAACUUCAUAUUUUUUAGUGUGAAUUUUUUCUUGGAGUCAGUCACCUGCUGUUCUGCUUGCCGUUCUAUCCCUUACUCAUACCGAUUACUUCUGCUGUUUUCGGCUUGAUCGCGGCUUUCCAUGCACUUUUUCUUCGUUCUCCUAACAGAGUGGAUUUUGUGCUGCAGUGCUGUAGUACAACACUUGGAUCACUACUUAUGGCAAUAUCCGUAACUGAAGCGUUUUGUGGUGUUGGAGAAUUUCCUGAUGAUGGUGAUGAUGAUGGUGAUCAGAAUGCAGGUACUGCUCUGACCUCAUAA